AUGAGUAAUGAAAAAACAACAUAUGCAGAGCUAAAUUUGACUAAAAAGUCAAAAAAACAACAAAUAAAACCUAGAGGUGCUAAAGGCUUCACAUCAGGAACAGAACAAGAAAUAUACUAUGCAGAAUUAAAUCUUCAAAAUGCUACUCAGUCUCCUCAGGCAAAUGACAAGAACUACCACUGCAAAGGAUUACUGUCACCUCCAGAGAAGCUCAUUGCUGGGGUCCUGGGAAUCAUUUGCUUUGUCUUGGUGUGCAUUAUAACAAUCACAGUGAUUAUUACUCAUUCUACCCAGACUCUAAGGCAGAAUAAUUCUUCCACAAUUAAUACAACGAGCACUCAGAAAGCUGAAAAUAACUCUCUGGAGACUCACUGUGCUCACUGUCCUCCUGAGGGAUUUACAUACUCCAACAAUUGCUACUAUACAAAUCAUGAAAAAAUGUCAUGGACCGAGAGUGUGGUGGCCUGUGCUUCUGGCCGGUCUAGCCUGCUUUACAUAGAGAGCGAAAAAGAACUGAAAUUUCCUGUUUCCAUACUACCUCCAAGUUGGGUUGGAAUAUUUCAUAACAGCACACAUCAUCCAUGGAUGUCAAUAAAUGGUUCAACUACUAAACUAAAGAUUAAAGACAAUUCAGCUGGAGAAUAUAAUUGUGUUAUUGUAUUCUCAGAUGACCUCCAUGCAGAGAUUUGCACAUAUCCAAAUUUUUAUUAUUGCAAGCAUAAACUUCAGAAUUAGUACAGCUACAUAUGAAUUCUGUUGAAUAAAUUAAUAAUCUUAAAGAGACUAGCUCAUUUUGCAUGUAAUAAUGACCUUACCAAAUAAAAUUGAAGUGUACAAAAGUAAAGUUUUAGUAAUUAGUGUAAAGUUUCUAUAUGUACCUUUCCUAUUUCAGGAAAAUUAUUUCUAUAUUUUAUCCCAAAUAUGAGGCUUAUUGAAUUUUUGUCAUACUUAAAGAUAUUUACAUUUUUCUUCAAUAGAAGUAUAUUCUCAUUUUUCUACUAGAUGCUAUAAUUCUAUAAUUGGUGGUAAUUUUCAUUGUUUUUGUUUAGAUUGGAAUAACAAAUAUUUUCCAUUUUGUGUUUGUAAACUAAUGGUAAAAUUAGUUUACCAUUAAUUCUAAAAUAAACUGCAGUGAGUGGAUGUACUAUUUUUGUAUUUAAAAUUGGUGUGUAUCUGGG